AUGGCUUCGUGGUUCCAGAUUCCCAAGACCUCGCCCUUUUCGUUGGCCAACAUCCCGUUCGGCAUCAUCUCAACGGAAUCCGCAUCAAAAGUGCCUGCCAUUGCCAUCGGUGAUCAUGCUUUGAACCUGAGCACAUUUGCUUCUUGUGGAGGUUUCUCACACCUGCCCGCUAUUCAGCAGCACUUGGCGGUUUUCAAGCAGCCAACUUUGAAUGACUUCGCUGCACUUGGUCGCCCUGUGCACCGUGAAGUGCGCGAAUACAUCCAGAACAUCUUCCGCGCCGACACAAAAUUCCCCCAAAUUCUCAAGGAUAAUGCUGCCCUCCGGGAGGCAGCCCUACUGCCCCUCUCCCAAGUCACAAACCAUGUCCCCAUGCAGAUUGGUGAUUACACCGAUUUCUACGCCGGCAUGAACCAUGCAUACAACAUUGGAGUCCUCUUCCGUGGCCCCGACAACGCUCUUCAGCCUAACUAUAAGCACCUGCCCGUGGCCUAUCACGGUCGUGCAUCCUCAGUCGGACAGAUCCUGGCAAAUCCUACCGUCGACCCCAAGGUGCCUACUUUCUCCCCCUGCAAGAAGCUCGACAUCGAGCUGGAGCUUGCUUGCUUCAUCAGCAAGCCCAAUGACCUCGGCAAGCCCGUCUCCGUUGACGAGGCCGAGGACCACAUUUUCGGUCUCGUUCUCAUGAACGAUUGGUCCGCCCGUGAUAUCCAGGCCUGGGAGUACAUCCCUCUCGGCCCCUUCAAUGCAAAGAACUUCGGUACCACCAUCACCCCCUGGGUGGUCCUGAUUGAUGCUCUGGAGCCUUUCCGUGCCCCCGGUCUCGAGCCCGCCAACCGCGAGUCUCUGCUCCCCUACCUGCGCGAGAAGCGCGCCGACGGUGCCUACGAGAUCCCUCUCGAUGUCGAGGUCACCAACGCUGGUGGCCAGCCCACUAUUAUCUCCAAAAGCAACGCUCGCAACCUCCUCUACUCCUUCCCUCAGAUGGUUGCCCACCACACUAUCACAGGCUGCAACUUGCGCACUGGUGAUUUGCUGGGAUCGGGUACGAUCUCUGGCACCGACCCCAAGUCAGUGGGUAGUUUCUUGGAGCAGACUAACGGCAAGAACCCCUUGAAGUUGGCUGAUGGCUCCGAGCGUAUGUUCCUUGAGGAUGGUGAUACUGUUAUUCUGCGCGGUAUGGCUGGCACAGAGGGCAACUAUGUCGGCUUCGGCGACUGCGUUGGCACCAUCCUGCCCCCUGUCUCGCUGCAGUAG